AUGAGCAAUGCUCAAAGUGAAUGUCAAUGUCCCACACUGCUCGUGGUGGCCCCUUCCCACCAUGGCCCUCCUGGCUCACAGCCUGGCACUGCUGGCAAUGACCGUGGCCAUGUGGCCUUCCUGGCUCCACCCAAGGUCUCACCCCUGGACAUGGCCCGGGACUCCUUCGAUGACCAGUACCAGGGCUGUGUCCCUGCCAUGAAUGCAAAGUUGCCGGACCUCUACAGCUUCGAGCGCCAGAUGAAUCUUCUCUUUGCCAGGGGCUGGUAUGAGGCUCAGACUGAGUGGCAGAGGCGGGGCUCUCCUGUGUCCCCUCUGGCGUCCCCAUGGCAUGCCGUGGCUCUCAUGGCCUACACGUCGCAGGAUGUGCACAAGGAGUUCAACAAGGCCGUGCAAGUGGCGGGGCACUCCCGCCAGGAAUACAUUAAGCACUUCCACUUCAAAACGCUGCAUUUCCUGCUGACCCAGGCACUGGUGACGCUGAGGCAUGCUCAGAAUGCCCAGUGUUACAAUGUGUUCCGGGGCGUGCGUAAUAUUCGUUUCCAGGCACGGCAUGGCCAGAGGGUCCGGUUUGGUCAAUUCGCAUCGACGUCGCUGAGCGAACCAGUUGCUCUGCAAUUUGGGACAGACACAAUUUUCAAAGUGCACACAUGCCAUGGCGCAGAUAUCCGUCAGUUCUCCAUGUUUCCAGGGGAGGAGGAGGUGCUGAUCCCGCCAUACGAGACCUUUGAGGUCACCGAUGUCACCCGGGAUGGGAAGAUGACAUGGAUCAGUCUCCACUCCACUGGGACCAGCAGCAAGUACAACUGCGCGUUGCUGUGAGAUGGGAGCGUCCCCAGGAUCUUCUGACCUCUAGGCCACCAAGGUCACCAAGGUCUCUGUGGUCACUGUGGCAGCCGUGGCCACCAUCAUCACCAAGACUCCCUCAGCUCCAAGGCUACCACAGCCACUGCAACCACUGCGCCCGCCAAGGCCUUUGUGGAAACAAUUCUGUUAAAUAUUUCAAUCAUAACAAUUCCAUUAAAUAAAUCUGAC